GUCAAGCCAAGCCUCUCUACACGAUCUGCUUACUUCUUCUUCUCUCCAUCCAUCUUCUGCACGUCAAUCAAAACAAAGCAAAGCGAAGCCCAAAAAACAGGCGCAAAGAAGAUGACGAGCUGCUUUCGCGGUUGCCGCAACCUCAUGACGAUGCUUCUCUUCUUUAUCAACUUCUUCACGGUAGUCGUGACGGCGGCGAAUUCAUCGGCAGCACCGGCGGUUAUGGAGGCGGUGGCUGGGGUGGAGGAGGACCUGCAGCCCGAGCUGUCAGUGAGGAGGGACGAGAUGGUGGAGAUGGCGGGCUACGGAGAGGAGAAGCUCUCCACGGUCCUCGUCACGGGCUCGGUUCUCUGCGAGGCGUGCUUGCCCGGCGACCCUCAGCUUCAUGCAUGGCCAUUGUCAGGUGCUUCAGUGGCCGUCAAUUGCCAUGGCGAUGAUAAAGAAAGCAAAUCUAGCCGAAUUCACGGCUUGACAGAUGAAAAUGGGGACUUCUUCAUUGAUCUUCCUUCAGAGCUCCACGCCGUCCCCAACCUGAACAAGAGAUGUUCGGUCAACCUCGUUCGAAUGCCGAGGAACUCGCUCUGCCGACCGGCACAUAUCAGAAAGCACAAGAGAGUGAGGCUUUCUUCGGUUGGGAAUGGGAUCCGAACUUAUGAGGCGGGGACAAUAAGACUUCUGCAUUCAGCAGCCGAGCCUACAGAAGCAUGCAUGAAGACAUCGAGCAGCCCCACAGAAAGCUAUUUAAAUUAAGCAUUCCGACACCUGAGGACACGGCUCAUUCGAUGGCGCUUCAGUCACAUGUUGAGCUAGUGGUCUUGCAAACUUCACACAGUUUACUUGUAAAAUAGAAUUCAGAGAACUAAAAUGAUCCAGAAGAAAGAGUUGCAGAAGGUACA